GUCUGGGAAGAUGGGAAAGUUCUGGAGAUGGGUGGUGGUGACGGUGGCACAGCGUGUGACAGUACUGAAUGCCUCAGAACCGUACACCAGGAAAGGUUAACGUGCUGACGUCGUUGGCUGUGUGUGUUUUAACCACCGUUUUUUUUUUUCAGGGGGGAGCGGACAGAAACAGGAAGCACGUGACUUCUGGGUAGAAGGAAAGAAGAAACCUGAAUUAACACGUCAGACCCCAAGACACCAGGGCACCCAGCGGCAGCAUCUCAUGCAGCUUCCACCUCUCGGGGUGUGCUGGACCCCUGGCCACCGCUCCUUCCCCAUCACUCACUCCAUCCAGCAGAUGACAGGCCCCCUCAGCUGCCAGCCCGUGGAUGCCAUCUGAGAUGUCCCCUUUCUGUUGCUGGGGCCUGCCCGCAGCUCUUCUCGCUCUGCUCUUCUGCCCAGGGUCUGGCAAGGAGGCGUUCGAGGUAUACGUGUCGCCAGAGCAGCUGGUGGUGAAGCACGGCGAGUACUCUGAUAUCAACUGCAGCACCAGCUGUCUGCAGCCCACUGUCGGCGGCUUGGAGACCACCCUAAGCAAGCUUCUGCUGGAGAAGCAGCCUCAGUGGGAGCUCUACAGGGUCUUCAACGUCUCCAAGGACACGGUCGUAUAUUGCCACUUCACCUGCUCUGGGAAGCAGCUGCAGAGGAAUGCCAGCAUCACCAUGUUCUACCCCCCAGAGCCAGUGCUGCUGAAGCUGCAGCCCACUUGGGUGACUGUGGGCAAAGUCUUCACCAUGGAGUGCAGGGUGCCGGCGGUGGCACCCCUUGAGAACCUCACCCUCACCUUGCUCCGUGGCCAGGAGCCCCUGCACAUGCAGAGAUUUGAGGGGGCAACAGCUGCCCCCCAAGAAGCCAUGAUCACACACAACAGCACGGCUCACAAGGAAGACGGUCGCCACAACUUCUCCUGCCGGGCUGAGCUGGACCUGCAGCCUCGUGGUGGGGGUUUGAUCCAAAGAACUUCACAGCCCCAGGUGCUUGAGAUCCAUGAGCCCAUGCCGGACAACCAGAUGGUCAUCAUCAUCGCCGUCGUGUCGGUGCUGCUGCUGCUGUUUGUGGCGUCCGUCCUGCUGUGCUUUGUCUUCGGCCAGCAGUGGCACCAGAGGCGGAGAGGCAAUUACGGGGUACAAGCCGCGUGGAGGAGGCUGAGACGCUCCUACCGGGCAUAGCCUGCGUGGGGGCGUGGCCACGGCCCCGGCAGCCACUGGAACUCAGUGUGGCUCUCAGCGAUGUGGCCCGGCCACGGCAGAAGGACAGUGACGAGCCGCAGAGGACUUGGGGGACAGUUCCUUUUCCAGUCUGAAUACAAACGCCUGGAC